AAAGUCACAAGAGAAAAAAGCUCAAAAAAAUUGUAAUUGUCCGUGGCUUGAAAGUGUGAAACGAGAAGAAAGAAAAACAGCAAAAAGAUCAAUGCAAUUUUAAGUGAAAUUCCAAAGCGCGCAAUACUAAAUACAUUGGAAUUUACUCACUUUGGAUUGAUCAUCACGAGGAGGACAGAGAAACAAAGCUAUUGUGAGACUUGCAGCGACAUGCAGUGGAAGCUUUGCCUUGGCGCGCAGCGUGCGGCGUGCAUAACGCCCCUGGCACAGCCGCACUAGUGGGCGUGGUCGGCAAGGGUGACAGUGACGGUGACGGUGACGGCAAAGGCAACAGCAACAUGGCUGCGGUGGCAGCCCCCACCGCAGUGGCAGUGCCAGCAACAACAACCACAGCAGCAGCAACAGUAGCAACCGCAGCAACAACAACCGGAGCAACAAUUGUGAAGGCGACAACAACAACGUUGGCCGAGAAGUUGCUCGGCCAUUUGCAGAAUCGCACAACCGAGUUGAAUGUGAAUGGGAACGGAGACGGGAACGGGAACGGGGAAAGUAGUGAGAGUGUCGGCGUCGUCGGCUCCUCGACGCCCGCCAGCUACUUGUCCCUGUACGAUGAGGUCGCCAGCGCGCUGGACGAGACGCAGGCGGCGGAAGAGGCCGGCUAUGCGUUGAUCGAUGACAUUAGCGAAUGGCUGCUGAGUGGCGUCGCUGGCAACAACAAUCAGACGCUGAGCGGCGGCGGCGGCGGCACAACACCAAUAUCCGUUGGCAGCGACAGUGGCGGUCAUUCCAAUGAGACUGUCAGCUGGCUGACCAGCCUGGGUGGCAGCACUGGCAAUGGCAGUGAUGCCAAUGCCGAUGCCGAUGGCGGUGGUCUCUAUGCGUUGCGCAACUUUGUGGAGCAGCAACUGAAUGGGGAGUCAUCGCAGGAUGCGCAGGACAUUGCGCUGAUUGACAGUGCGGAGGAGAGCGCUCUCGAAAAUGUCGGCGAUAGUGAAGCGGACUACGGCAUCCUCGGUGGCUUCAACGGCGGCUCUCUGGAUGCCGAAGUGGAUGCCACCAAUGAACUCCUGCAGCGCACAGCAACGAGAAUAACAAAUCGAACGACAGUCACAUCCAGCUACGAUGCUGAUGCCCUCUGGUUGAGCGGUGCGGCAGCUCAGGGUACGAGUGCGGCAAGUGGUGGUAUCGGUGGUGCAGGUGCAGGCACGGGUGGCAGCUCAUUUAUGCUGCUGCUUGAGAACUUUAACGAUUAUUUCCCCAACUAUAACGGCAGCACGGUUUCGGGCCCAACAAUCGGCACGACAACGGCCAGCAGCGUUUUCCUGGAUCAAAACCUGACGAAUCUGUACAUUGAAAACUAUCGAACCAAUUGCACGAACGGAACGUUCAAUUUAACAACGGAAUCCUGUCCUGAACUCCGAAUGGUGGACCACAAUUACUGGGCGCUGAUAUUGAUACUGUUUCCAAUCCUAACUCUAUUCGGCAACAUUCUCGUCAUCCUCUCCGUCUGUCGUGAGCGGUCGUUGCAAACAGUUACGAAUUAUUUUAUAGUGUCAUUAGCGAUAGCCGAUCUGCUGGUCGCCGUAGUUGUAAUGCCAUUUGCUGUUUAUUUUCUGGUGAAUGGUGCAUGGGCCUUGCCUAAUGUUGUUUGUGAUUUCUAUAUAGCCAUGGAUGUGAUAUGCUCUACUUCAUCGAUUUUUAAUUUAGUUGCCAUUUCAAUAGACAGAUACAUCGCUGUGACGCAGCCAAUAAAAUAUGCCAAGCACAAAAACAGUCGCCGUGUUUGCCUUACGAUACUAUUGGUGUGGGCGAUAUCGGCAGCUAUCGGAUCACCGAUAGUUCUGGGAUUAAACAACACACCCAAUCGGGAGCCGGAUGUGUGCGCAUUCUAUAACGCCGACUUUAUACUGUAUUCAUCGCUAAGCAGCUUCUAUAUACCAUGUAUAAUCAUGGUAUUUCUGUAUUGGAACAUAUUUAAGGCGCUGCGCAGCCGUGCUCGGAAACAACGGGCUGCCCGCAAGCCGCAUCUGUCGGAGCUAACGGGAGGCAGCGUUAUCGAGAACAUUGCACAAACACGCCGCCUGGCGGAGACGGCACUUGAUAGCAGUCGGCACGCAAGCCGCAUUCUGCCAGACGAGCCGGCGACCAACACCGCCAGCGGCUCGAACGAGGAGGAGGAUGAGAACGCCAUAUCGCCCGAUAUCGAUGAUUGUCAUGUCAUUGUGAACGAUAAGUCCACGGAGUUUAUGCUCGCCACAGUGGUCGAGGAGACCGGCAACAGCGUUGUGGCACAGAUCACCACACAGCCGCAGCUGGUUGUUGCCGAUCCGAAUGGUAAUCAUGAUUCUGGUUAUGCUGCAUCAAACGUUGACGAUGUCCUUGCAGGAGUGAGCGUUGGUGCCGCCGUCAGCAGCACAACGCCGCCGGACAGUCCAGUGCCCAGUGGCGCCACCUUGCAGCGUUCCAGUGUCAGCAGUCGCCGCAAUACCGCCGAGGACUCGCCCAAGCGCGUUGAGCCAGCUCUCAGCGUCGCCAUGAAGCCAUUAUCCUUUGUGCGGUACGGCGUACAGGAGGCCAUGACUUUGGCACGCAACGACUCCACGCUAUCGACCACAUCGAAAACGUCCUCGCGCAAGGAUAAAAAAAACUCGCAGGCGUCAAGAUUCACGAUAUAUAAGGUGCACAAGGCCUCCAAAAAGAAACGCGAGAAAUCGUCGGCCAAAAAGGAACGCAAGGCCACCAAAACACUGGCCAUCGUUUUGGGUGUCUUUCUGUUCUGCUGGCUGCCAUUCUUCACGUGCAACAUUAUGGACGCGAUGUGCGCCAAAUUUGAAAAAGACUGCCGGCCGGGUCUGACGGCUUUUAUGUUAACCACUUGGCUUGGCUAUAUCAAUAGCUUUGUCAACCCCGUUAUCUAUACAAUAUUCAAUCCCGAAUUUCGUAAGGCAUUCAAGAAGAUCAUGCACAUGGGGUGAUUAUUAAAUACUAUAACAAUAGCAGCUAGAAA